GAAUUACAUAAUUUCAAAGUACUAAAAUUACAAUAUACUAUAAAAUAAAUAUAAAUAAUAUUUCAAACAUAAAUUAUAAAUAUAUUUUUAUUUUGUUUCAAAUUAGUGGUUAAAAUUAUGAGCUAAAUCGAGUGUCAUCACACACACUGUAUCAGAGGUUGGCAAAAGCUCAACGCCGAGCGGCGAUGGCGGAAGUUUUAUCCGUCGUUGGAUCGAAGCCGCGACCUAUUAAUACGAUUACUAUCACGCCGGCCUUCUUCUCAUUUCUCAGCCUCUUUUUGUCAGGUAUGUUAUGCUAUGUAGAUUUCGAGAAUUGAUGGAAGAUGAUUAAUUCCUUACCAUGGAAGAGUUGGAUUGAACUUUCAGCAAUUGUGUUGCAUAGCUGGUGUUUGCGUUAAUGCCUGGCAGAAUUUUACCUCUCUCUAUAUAUUAUUUUUCACAUUAGGACGAGUAUUUGCUUGUGAGAAUUUACAGUGGCUACUGCACGAUUAAGUAAGAAAUACUCAAAUAAUUUAUACUGUGUGUGAUGCAGAUAUGCAGCGAAAAUGCAUAAUAGGAAAAUGAAUAUGAAAUUGCGUUGCAUACAUAUCCAGUUGAAAUUUGGAUUUAGUUUUUGUUUGCAAUUUAACUAGUUUUGCUUGAUUCGUAUCCCAUUGAAAUGGUGAAACUGAAGAAAUCCUACUCGUGAGAAUAAAAAUGCCCAAUCAUACGUCUUAUCAAUCAUGUAAAGUAAAUGCCCCUGACGACAUGAAAUAUUUUUCGAAGAACAUCAGCAUAAUAUCUGAAAGAUGAGUUGGUGUAGUUGUUUUUUAGCAAACAACAAGCAGAUGGGGGGCUAUGCUAUAUUAUAUGGUUGUUCCUCCAUUUCUUCUUCAAAAAUUUCUCCAUAGUGGAUGCUCUAAUAUCGUUAAACCAAGUGAUCACUAGCUUGAUCCUAAUGGUAUUUAUAUGCUCUUUCUCCAUUUUCUUGUGCUAGUUGCUUUAUUAAUAUCUAUGUUUUGAUUUUUAGUUCAUGAGUUCUGAAUAAUCUUCUUGAGAAGUUUCAUUUGUCCUUUUUUCUGUAAUGCUGCUGCUCUUUUUACAGCAUGGAACUGUCUUUAUGCUGCAAAAACUGCUCUCAUUAUCUAUUUGUGGGGUGCAAUUGUAACAUUAGUUCGUUAUUUCCUCUGCCAUUUUCCUAAUUCCUCACCAUCGAUCAGCCUUUUAAUGUGGAUCACUUCUUCUCUAGUUGGCCUCUUCUUCACAUGUGCAGCAUCGCGUGUUUUACCUUUCAUAGGGGCUUUGUCUCACCCUGAUUGCAACAUGUUAUUGGUAUUCCUCCAGCUGCAUUUCUUUUGUUCAAAGGUGCAUUUAGAUUAGAUGACUUGUGGAAUUGGAUUGAGUGCCUUAGGUUAUGGAGCAGUGCUACUUACAUCUUCAUUUGCAUGAAUCAUGAUUAAUCUUCUCCCCUGCUGGCUUCUCUGUGUUCACAUUCAUCCCUCGUUGUCUCGGUUCAAGACGGAAGACAUUCGUCUCGCUUAAGCUUUGCAAUGGUCUUGGCUUGGAAGCUUUGUUAGGCAAUUGGGAUUGUGGUUUUAAUUAGAAUAUAUUCCCAGAGGUGGAGCUUGAAGCACAACAAAAUCUCCAUUGCUUUGUGUCCAAGUGCCCCAUUCUCGACAAGGUACGAAAUCAUUUCUUGAGUAUGCUACUUAACUAUGUCAUCAAAAAGAUUCAUUUUUUUUUCUGAUCCUUCGAAAAAAAGAUUCAUUAUCUUCACAAAAAGAUUGGAGGCUUUGAUUCGAUUGUAGGACUUGAUGAAAAUCAAUGGUGCUCUUGUGUGUGGGUGUGUUAAAUAAUACUGUAGUAACUUCUAAGGAAUGAUUGCUUAUCAACGAUGAUUAUGCUGAAGAUAGGAAGAAAAUGUUGAAAGACAUGGGAUGUGACCUGGUGUUACAUCUCCUCUUUUUGUUCCACUAAUGCAAGUUAUGUGAAAUAGAAUAAUAUAGACACAAAUAUGCUGGUGCGCUUAAAUGGGGACCUUCUAAAUCUUUUGAAAUGAAAUGUUGUUUUGCUUUAAAAGAUUUAGCAAGUGAGUGUCAAGUCAUGUUGAUGUUUUAUCCAAGUUGAGUUACAACUCACAACUCAUUUUAUUUACCCUGCACGCUAUGUGUUGCGCGUCAUCUUGACUAUAACCAAAAUAUACAUUUGAAGGGAUAAUUGAUCUAGUUUGUCUCAUUUAUAAUACUCCCUCCGUCCCGUGAAACUUGAGUAAUUUUUUUUAGGCGCGAAUUUUAAGAAGUGAAGUAGUAUUUUGUGUGUUAAGUGUAGUAGUGAAAAGGUGAAUAAAAUGAAAAAUUUUUGCCAUAUAAAGAAAGUGCUCAAGCUUUGCGGAACAACCCGAAAAAAACUACUGCUCAAGCUUCGCGGAACGGAUGGAGUAAUACUUUCUAUAAAUAAUAUGUGGUCCUUAAACACAUACUCUUACCAUCUUAUUUUUAAAUCUAUGUGUCAAUUUCUACUGUGCCAUUUAAAGUGGGACGGAAGGAGUAAUACUUUUAGGUAGCGUUGCAAUAGACAGACAACUUUAGGAUGCAUUCUCUAUGACUAUGAUGGAAAACAAGUGAUUAAUGUUUGAGGUCAAACGUCUCAGAUUCGAGUUCACUAUAAUAUGAUCUUUAAAAUCUAUGUUUAUACAACGAAGAAAAAGAGAUGGAAUAUAUAUUUUUACAAUUUUUCGUUCUUCUCACAUUCCAUAAGGUGGAUAAUUUUUCUCAAAUACGAUGAUUUAAUUUCGAGUUCCAGUGGAUUCAAAUCUGAAAUCUUUGACCUUAAACAUUAAUUAUUCUAUCAUUAAACCAACACACGAUGCCAGCAUCUCCUUUCUCUCUCUUUCAUUUUAAUUCACUACAAUAUCUCGUUCAAAAAAAAAAAAUCAUUACAAUAUGAUCAAGGUUAGUAACAUGGAUAUCAAAGGAGCACCAGUGAUGACUGAUGGUUUUAGCGUUUCUUAGAUUUUUAUAUCUAUGAUUGAUUUCCUAAAACCUGUCUGAGCACCUUAUUUUUUGUAUUUGAUCUAAUUAAAUUUUUGGUUUAAAUCAAAUACCCCAAGUCAACGUAUAUAUAUCUACUUUAAAAUAUCAAAUUAUGGCAAAUCACCCGUCACAGUUAAUACAAAAUUUUCUCAUUCAAAAAUCAAAAUCAACAAUUACUCACAAUAAUUAAAUUUCCUUUUUUUUUUUAAAAAAAAAGAACAAUAAUUAAAUUUCCUGUUGACUUAUAAUACUAUUACCAUAAAAUAAUUCCAAUUACCAAAGAGGAUAAACACUUAAUUAUUUUGGUAUUAGGAAAUGUAUUACUCCCUCUGUCCGCCAAAAGUAUUCCACAAUUACUAUAUUUGGCGUCCGCAAAAAGUAUUCCACUUUCCUUUUUAAGUCAUGGUCCCACCAUCCACCUUUAUAUUUUAUUCUUACAAACACUCUUUAUUUACAAAAAACUCACUCCAAAUUCAAUCUCAACCACACAUCUCAUAAAGUGAUGGGACCCUUUCUCCACUACAUCAACAUCAUCUCCAAUUUUAUUAAACUCCGUGCCCAACUAAAGUGGAAUACUUUUGGCGGACGGAGGGAGUACUAUUUACCUUGCUACUCUAUUUCCUAGUUUGGAGAUUUUAAAUUUUUAAUCAUGACACUUUUUCGAGGCAAAAGAUGUAAUAUGUGAGUAGAUUCAUAUAUUAGAAAUGUUUUUAGUUUUGACCCCUUUUUAAUGCACUUUUACUUAUCCAAAUGAACAAUAAUAUUAUUUGGACAAAAUAUAUUUAAAUAAAAAAUAAUCAAAUAUAUAAAAAAUUAAUUUACUUAAAUCUUUUGGUUUUAAAAAAAUAAAUUAUUGUAUUAUCCACUUUUUUUAUUUUUAAUGUACAAAAAUUACACAAAAAAUUACAACAAAUUUAAAUAAGUAUAAAAUUUAGAAAAAUAACUACAAAUGUGAACAAAGCAGUAAAAUUAACUAAAUCUUCUUUUAUUUUAAAUAAAAAAUUAAAUAAAUUCAUUUUUAUCAUGUUUUUUUGUCUAGAUAUAUUUGAUCUAAAUAGCGCUACUAAAAAAUGCAAAAUGUUAGGUAAAAUGUAGACUUGUUGUAUUGAAUAGUCAAAUUCAACGUCAUAACAUCAAAUCCUCAAUUAUAAAAAAAGACUAAAACUACAAAAUCAAUCCCAAAAAAAAGAAAGACACAAAAAUCUUCAAAAUGGACACGCAUCUCUGCGAUGAGCUCCUCGAAGAAAUCUUCCGCCGCCUCCCUCCGCCGUCCUCCGCCGCGGUCUCCCUCGUCUCCAAGCGGUGGCGCCGCCUCCUCCACUCCUCCACCACCUCCCUCUCCCUCAAUUUCCCCCCUCCCUACAACCCCACCACCAUCACAUCCUUAUCCACUUUCCUCUCCCACCAUCCUUAUCUCUCCUCAAUCUCUCUCUCCGGCGGCGGCGACCCGCUCCUCCUCGCCGUGGCCGAUUCCUGCCCCAACCUCCGGCAGCUCCGCCACCCGAGCGAUCCCGUUUCCCCCUUCGCCCUCUACACGCUUUCAGCUUCUUGCGUCCAUCUCUCCUCCAUCUCAGUUUCUCUCUCUAGACCUCUCUCUUUCCACUGGCUGCCCUCUUUCGGUUCAUUGAAAUCGCUGUCUCUUUCCUUCACCGGCACAUCGACGGAAGCUGAUAAUCUUGAAAUUGAAGAAAACAGAGACGCUUUUGAUUUGGAAUUGGAUUUGGAGAGCCUCUCCCUGCGUGGGAUUUUGGCCGGAGACAGCGGGCUGAGCUGUUUGUGGAGAAACUGCAAGAAUGUGAAGAAAUUGCAGCUCAAGAGCUGCGAAAGCGUCGGAGAUUCCGCUUCGUUUUCGAAUUUUCUGAAAUUCUUGAACGGUAUUCAAGAACUCGAGCUAAGAACUUGCAGAAGCAUCGUCGAUUCGGUGCUGCUGAAAUUAGCCGCCGACUGCAUCUCUCUGCAAUCGCUGCUGGUCUACGACGGCGGCAGCAAAGAGGGCCUCCUCCGCUUCAUCAAUCAGAGCAAAUGCAGCUUGAAGAAACUCGAUCUGAGGUUGCCCCUCGAUCUCGACAACUCACAUUUAAUAGCCUUAUCCGAAAACCCCAAUUUCAAAAAUCUGAAAACCCUAAGAUUGGAGAGCUGCUGCCUCGUCAGCGGCGAAGGGCUGAAGGCGGUGGCGAGGGCGAUCGGCGAUGCGGUGGAGGAGCUGGCUCUGAUAAACUGCGACGUGGUGGAGAGGGAGGCCGGGCUGCUGGCGGCGCUGGGGCAGGAAUUGGGGAAAUUGCGGAGGCUCGAUCUGUCGCACAACGAGAUGAUGGCGGAUAAGGAUCUGGUGUCGAUGGUGGUGUCGUGUGAUGGAUUGGAGGAGGUGCGGCUGAGGGGCUGCGGCAGAUUGAGCGACGCGGCGGUGGUUGCGAUGGUGAGGAGUUGCCGGAAUUUGGGGGGAGUUGAUGUGAGUUGCUGCGGUGGGAUCGGAGGGGAAGGGGUGGAGGCGCUGGUGGUGGAGGCGGCGGCGGCUUUGAGGAGAGUGGCGGUGGAGGAGAGUAAAGUUACUGGGCUUGCGAAGAUGGUGGCGCCAAAGAAAUGUAUACACUUUGUUUCUUCAUCGAUUGGUUUCUCUUCGAAUUUUUUGUGAUUUUGUGUGAAUUUAUUAUGUGGAGAAUUAAUCUGUUUGGAAAUUGUGGAUACACUCGUUUUAAUUAAUUUUACAGUAUUUUAUUUC